AACAGAAGACGACAAUACGGACGUAAAACUGGGAGAGGGUUUGUUUUGUUUGUGGCUAGUGGCUACCAUUUUUCCUCGUGGACGAAGCCAUACCACAGGCAAAAGGGGUUAGUUAUUAGUAUAUUUGGCCAUACUAGCUUAAUACCCACCUUUCAGUCGCCUGAAAAUGUCUACAUUACAGAUGUUGCGCGUGUUCCUAAAUGAGCGUUUAACAGCGGCUGCUGUGGAGAUUUUCGGGGCAGUUGAGAAAACGGUAGCCGAGUACCAGGAGGAGAAUGAUAAUCUGCGGAGACUGCUGCGGAUAACCCCGGACAUAAACCAAUGUAGAAAAGAGUCCCUUCAGUUAUCUGUUGCUGUCACUGAAGAUGAGGUUCCCCCUAAGCAGCAGCACUCUGAGCAGGAGUGGAGAACCAGUCUGCAGCAGGAGGACCGAGAACCCACACAGAUUAAAGAGGAACAGGAGGAACUCUGGACCUGUCAGGAGGAAGAUUUCAGUGUGUUCAAAUUACCUCCUUGUGUGAAAAGUAAAUGUGAUCAGGAAAACCCACAGUCCUUUUCUCUUCCCCAAACCCAGACAGUGGAGAACAGAGACAGUAACUCUAAACCAGUGGACCUCCCACAUUUUGUCACCGUUACCCAUCUAGAGGGUCUCGACAUUCCCUGUGACCCUCCAGAUAAUCAAAACUAUAGCCACAGCUCAUCUGUAAGCGGUGACCUAGUAGGACUUAGGCUGCUGUCACCAUUCCAUCACAGCCCACCACUGGAUCCCAACCCAUCAAUGGGGGAACACUGUGCCAAACCCAGCACCACGUCUAGAAAAACUCACCGCUGCUGUGACUGUGGUGAAACGUUUGCUCUGACAGCUGACCUGCAGGAGCAUGUGACUCUCACCAAGAGACCCAGCGAAUGCCACCUCUGCAAAAAACGCUACAACUCCACCUGUAAAUUGAAGGCCCAUGUCAGAUUCUGUCAUGUGGAGAGACCCUGCAUCUGUCCCUUUUGUGGAAAGACUUUCAAACUCAAAGGACAUCUUUCCAGGCAUAUGAGGAUUCACACAGGAGAGAAACCAUUUGGCUGUGGUGACUGUGGGAAGAGCUUCAUUCAGAAGGGGGACUUAAUGAGACACAUACUUACUCACACAGGAGAGAAACCAUUUAGCUGUAAAGACUGUGGGAAAAGCUUCAAUCGGAAGGGGAACCUAACUGAACACAUACGGACUUGCACAUAUUGAGUUACACAGGAAACAAAGUUCCCAAAGAAACAAAGUAAUUAGGACAAAGACAUCUUGUCAGAUGGACAACACUCUUUGGAAAAGCAAAGCAACUCUGGCUCAUUCAUUCUGUGGGUUUCAGAUAAAUCAAUGUCAUGAAUUUACUUUUGCAAAACAUAUGUAAAGGUUUGAUUUGAUCCAACAAUAGAAAGUAAUUAAAUUCAUGGUCUGCUUUUCAAA